GGCAGCGGCGGGCAGCCGGAGCGCGAUGGCGGCCGAGCGGGGCCGCUGGCGGCAGCAGGACCAGGACGCUCCGGGGCAGCAGCGGCGGCGGAGGUGGCGGCAGCAGAAACAGCAACAGCAGCGCUCCAGGCCCGGGCUGAGGCGGCGGCCGAGAGGGCCGGGCCGGGCCUGGCGAGGCGGCAGGGGGUGCUGAGAGGGGCCUCAGGCCUGCCGGGCGCCAUGAGCCAAGGCAGUGGAAGCGGCGGCGGCGGCGGCGGUGAGCCGGAGGCCAAGGCUCUCCAUACCAAGAGGCUUUACCGAGCUGUGGUUGAAGCAGUGCAUCGAUUGGAUCUCAUUCUUGGAAACAAGGCAGCUUAUCAAGAAGUAUUUAAGCCAGAGAACAUCAGCCUGAGAAACAAGCUCCGUGAACUGUGUGUAAAGCUGAUGUUCCUGCACCCUGUGGACUAUGGGAGGAAGGCAGAGGAACUGCUGUGGCGGAAAGUUUACUAUGAAGUCAUCCAGCUGAUUAAAACAAAUAAAAAGCACAUUCAUAGUCGGAGCACCCUGGAGUGUGCUUACCGGACUCACCUGAUUGCCGGCAUCGGGUUUUACCAGCACCUGCUUCUCUACAUUCAGUCUCACUACCAGCUGGAGUUGCAGGGCUGCAUCGACUGGACCCACGUGACGGAUCCCCUGAUAGGUUGCAAGAAGCCGGUCUCUGCAUCGGAGAAGGAGAUGGACUGGGCUCAGAUAGCCUGCCACCGAUGUCUGGUUUACCUGGGGGAUUUAGCUCGAUAUCAGAAUGAAUUGGCAGGCGUAGAUACAGAAUUGCUGGCCGAAAGGUUUUACUAUCAAGCUCUCUCUGUCGCCCCACAAAUUGGGAUGCCUUUUAACCAACUUGGGACGCUGGCUGGGAGUAAAUACUACAACGUGGAAGCUACCUAUUGCUACCUGCGCUGCAUCCAGUCAGAAGUGUCCUUUGAAGGUGCUUACGGGAAUCUGAAGCGCCUCUAUGACAAGGCAGCCAAAAUGUAUCACCAGCUGAAGAAAUGCGAGACCCGGAAGCUGUCCUCAAGCAAAAAAAGGUGCAAAGACAUUAAAAGGUUACUGGUGAGCUUCAUGUAUCUACAGAGCCUCUUUCAGCCAAAGAGUAGUUCUGCUGACUCGGAGCUGACCACCCUCUGCCAGUCAGUCCUGGAGGAAUUGAACCUCUGCCUUUUCUACCUGCCCUCUUCACCCCACCCGACCUCCACUGCGGAGGAGGAGGAGGAGUGGGAGAACGGCUGCUCCUUCCUGCCGGACCUGCUCAUCUUCCGCAUGAUCGUCAUUUGCCUGAUGAGCGUCCACAGCCUCAAGAGGGCAGGCUCCAGACAGUACAGUGCAGCCAUUGCAUUCACCCUGGCCCUUUUUUCACACCUGAUUAACCAUGUCAACAUCCGCCUCCAAGCCGAACUGGAAGAAGGAGAGAACCCAGUUCCAGCCUUCCAGAACGAUGGCACCGAGGGCCCAGAGGCCCAGGAGACGGCAAACUCCGUCGAGAGAGAAAGUGAAGCUGACUCGACUGGCCCCCAGCCCCCUGGGGAGCCACAGCAGAACGACAGCCAAAAGGGCAAAAAGUAUUCGCGCCUCUCUUGCCUGCGCCGUCGCCGCCGGGCCCAGAAGCUGGACGAGAGUGACCUGAGCGAGGGCUUCGACUCAGAUUCCAGUCCGGAGUCCACCAAAGCUAGUGGCGCCUCGGAGACGGGCUCCGAGAAGAGCGACGAAGAAGCCGAGGCGGCCUUUGACAUGGAGUCUGAUUCCGACAUGAACAGCCAGGAAUCCCGCUCGGAUCUGGAAGACAUGGAGGAAGAGGAGGCCGAGGCUGAAGGGGGCAAUGGCCAGCCCCGGGGUGUCAAGAACGGGACCAGGGGAGCCCCAGACUUUUUGGCCAGUGAAGGGGGUCGGCUGCCAGACUUGAAAGGCCCUGGCCUCCCCAAGACUGACCCUCCAGAGCCUGUGGCCAACGGGCCAGGCUCCUUGGGCGGCAGUGAGGCCAGCAUCGCUAGCAACCUGCAGGCCAUGUCCACGCAGCUCUUCCAGACCAAGCGGUGCUUCCGGCUGGCCCCCACUUUCAGCAACGUCCUUCUGAAGCCGGGCUGUGGGCCGCCCGCUCCGAAGGAGGCAGCAGGAGAUGGCAAGCCUUGCGUCAACGGGGACGUGGAGAGGUCCUUGGCACCUGAGCCAGAUGAUGUUUCCGAGUCAGAAGAAAGCAUCUCCAGCAGCAGAUCCUGCAGGAACGAGCGCUCUCUCCAAGAGAAACUGGAAAUUAUAAGUGGCGAAGGAUUGCUGCCCACUGUCAAGGUGUUCCUGGACUGGCUGAGAACGAACACCGACCUCAUCAUCAUGUGCGCGCAGAGUUCCCAGAGUUUAUGGAAUCGACUUUCAGUCCUCCUAAACCUGCUUCCUUCAGCCGGAGACCUGCAAGAUUCUGGCUUGUUCCUCUCCAGUGAAGUGAAGAGCAUGUUGUCGGGCUGCGAACUUCCUGACUUGAACACUUGCUUGCUCCUGCCAGAAGACGUGGCCCUCCGCAACCUGCCCCCUUUGAAGAGCGCGCACAAGAGGUUUAACUUUGAGCAGGACCGGCCUGUCCUUACCGAAGUGGAGGAGUCCGUGGUUCGCAUCUGCUGCAUCCGAAGCUUCGGCCAUUUCAUCACCCGCCUGCAAGGCAGCAUCCUGCAGUACAACUCCGAAGUGGGCAUCUUCAUCAGCAUCGCACAGUCAGAGCAGGAUGGCCUGCUGCAGCAGGCCCAGGCGCAGUUCCGCAUGGCUGCCGAGGAAGCCCGACGGAACCGGCUGAUGCGUGACAUGGCCCAGCUUCGACUGCAGCUGGAGGUGUCCCAGCUGGAAGGCAGUCUCCAGCAGCCCAAGGCUCAGUGUGUGAUGUCCCCUUACCUGGUCCCGGACACCCAGGCCCUCUGCCAGCACCUCAGCCCCAUCAGGCAACUGGCCGCCAGCGGGAGGUUCAUUGUCAUCAUCCCACGGACAGUCAUUGAUGGCUUAGAUUUCCUGAAGAAGGAGAAUGCAGGAGCUCGGGACAGCAUCCGAUACUUAGAAGCAGAAUUUAAAAAGGGAAACAGGUACAUUCGCUGUCAGAAAGAAGUCGGAAAAAGUUUUGAAAGGCAUAAGCUGAAGAGACAAGAUUUAGAUGCUUGGAACCUCUAUAAGAUCUUGGACAGCUGUAAGCAGCUGACCGCCUCUCAGGGAGGCAGCGAAGACGACACGGCUGGCAUGGUGACUGUCAUCACCGGCUUCCAACUCCAGGACCCCAGCAAACUUUCUGCUCCCAUGCAGUCCGCAAUCCAAGCAGCGGCCAGCGCCAGCAUUGAGAUCCAAAAUGUCGUGGAGUUUUACAAGCAGUGGAAGGAGAUGGGCUGAGCCCCCUCGGGUAUCCCCAGGUUGGUUGAAGCUCCGUCUGCCCGUCUCUGGACGCACCGCAUCGGAACGCAAGAACGUCACAUCGCAGGCGCUAACCUUGGACACGACGCAAUCGCGGCGGCAACCCACCAAAUGAAACCCGAGCCACCGGGGGUGUGUGUGCGCCAAACACCCAGGCGCGGGGGCACACACACACACAACAUGAACGCAAACUGCUCCGCCAUCACCUCCCCUCCCCGCAGAGGAGGUGGCGCACGUGGGGACAUCGCAGCCCCUCUGGGGGAAGAGAGGCGCACCUUGGCCGUGCCCCGGAGAGACAGUGGCGGGCGGGAGGGGGGGCUCCAUUCUGACGCUCGCUCGGUUUCUCGUCAGAAAGGCGCUGCCAGCUCGGCUUAAUGAAACAAAAAAAAAAAGGAAAAUGCCCUUGAUUUUUGCCCCCUCCUGUCUCCUCACUGCAGGAAGAAACCUCCCCAAGGGGGCCUGCGUGAUCCUGGCGGGAAUCGACCAGGAUCACCAGAGGAGGCUCUUUUGGAAACCGGCGGUGGGGGAAAGGGGCACGCUCUCCUCUUCGUUUUUAACUUAAAUGUUCCUUUUUCCCCUAGUCCCCUUUUAUUGUGUUUCUCAAGCGAAAUUGACUCUCUUUUGGCAGGGAGGGGGCUGCCCUCGUUCCAGGGCGAGACAAAGGGAGGCUGGUGUGCCAGUCGGACUCCGAAACCUUGGAAGGAUGGCCAAGAGUAGCACGGGACCUGGGAAAAAGUUUUAGGACGGAAGAUGCUUAUUUCCUGGCCCUGUUUCUCUUUCUCUACCUUUUUAAAAAAAACAAAAAACCCCAUUCUUUCCCCUUUUCCUCCUCCGCAGCCCCGGGGCCUUUGCAUGCUGUCUGUCCCACUCCCCAUCCACCCCGCCCCACCCUUUCCUGGAUGCAAGGGGGUGAGUAACCCUUGCAAAGGGGAAAAGCCAGCCAGCCUCUUUGUGUCAUUUCCUGGAGAAUGGGAAAGGGGCUUUCUAGAUAAAAAGGGAGGGAAAUUCCAAUUUUUUU